CUCCUGAAGUACAUAAUCAAGAUACUCUUCUCUGAUUUUUUUUCUUAUUAAAAUUCAUUUAUAAUAUUCAGUGUCGUAAAUACUCCCCAACAGCUCAACCUCAAACCAUUUAUUUAUUUAAACGCCCAAAAUUGAAAAUUACAUAAAACGAACUAUACUCUCUGUUACAACUCAUUCUCAAGAACCUCUCUUAAUCCUUGAUCAUCAUCACAACCAUCAUCGUCCUCAUCGUUGCCGUAUUCUUCGAUAUCUCGAUGAUAAUCGAACUGAAAAAUCUCUGUUUUCGAUGAGAAAUUUCUGAAUCUCAUGUAGUUUAUUUGCUUAGAUCAUCACCGGCAAUGAAGAGGUGCUAGCAUGCUCAACAUCAUCAUUAUCUUUGAUUCUGGAAGAAUACUUUAAUUUGAGGAAUUUAUUAUUUAACAGUACAAAUCCACAGAUCAAAUGGUAGAAAAUCCAUCUCAAGUACCAAGUUCCAAUCAGUUGGUAGAUCAAGCCACGGAAAAAACUAGAUCAACAACAUCAUCAAAGAGAAGAAGACAUCCUCAUGAUGAUCAUGCAGAUGGUAAUGCUGAAGUCAUUGAAUGCUCAGAUGACCAUUGUUCAUCAUGCACAGCAAAUGCAGUAGCUGAUUGCAUAGCUGUUUGUUGUUGUCCAUGUGCCAUUGUAAACAUGUUUAUUCUAGCCUUCGUGAAAGUACCUUGGAUGAUGGGAAGAAAAUGUUACAGAUUUGUGAAAAAAAAAGGGAAAAUGUUGGGAAAAAGUGAUGAUAUUAAUGGAACAAGUGAUGAAUCAAAGGUUAGUAGUAAUAGUAGUAGUACCAGUAGUCGUGGAGGUAGUGGCUUUAGUAGAAGAGAGUAUAAGGAUGUAGUGAUAGAAAGAGAAAGGAGUAACACGAGAAGGGAAAGAGUAAUGCUAGUAGAUGAUGAAAAACUGGUGGAGUUUUCAAGUGGGUUAUUUGUAAAUGGUAAUGGUGAUGAUGGUCAACAACAAAACUUUUGCGCAAGGUUUGAAGCUGAAAAGGUAUGGUUAGAGUUGUAUCAGUUAGGUCAUUUGGGAUUUGGAAGAGUUUCCUUCACUGGAAUAAGUACACAUCAAGGGAAAGCAAAUUAGGUACAAAUAGAAGAAUUUUAAAGGCUUACAUUCUUUUUUGUUCUUCUUUUUUGUUUUGACAAAAUCAUGUCUUGUCAAAAUAAGUUUUAACAGAACUAGAAUUUCUUGUACACUAAUUAUAUACUAAUUAAUCAUAUAAGGAGGGAGAAAAAUCCUUGAUUAAUUAAGUAAUUACCUUGUUUUUUCUUCUAAAUUGAUAUAUCUUAGUAUAGACUAUUAACUUCGUACCUUCUAAAUGUAUU